AUGACAGUGCUUGCAAAAGUCUCCCGGCUGCUUCUCGCUGGUGCUCCCCGGGUCCCGUUGGGACGGCUCAUGUCGGCAGUGGCUCAUGGGGAGGCCAUUGCAGCUUGGACAUGGAAGAGCCUGUCUUUUGUGGUUGCUCUUCCUGGUGUUGGUGUAUGCAUGCUGAACUGCUACUUAAAGAUGCAGCAUGAUCAUGAAAGAGAAGAGUUUGUUCCUUAUGCUCACCUCCGCAUCAGGACCAAGCCCUUCCUAUGGGGAGAUGGGAACAAAACUCUGUUUCACAACCCUCAUACUAAUCCUCUCCUGACUGGCUGUAAAGAGAAUCACUGAACACCUGGAUCACAGCAGCAAUUUGGCCCAUUGCUCUAUUUGGACCAGCACAUUGUAUGGGACCCUGAAUCUAAAAAAUAUUCUACAUUCCUUGUACUGUCAAGUUAUAAAUGGCGUUCUGACAUUUAGCCCUGUAUUUGAAGAGGAGGUCACUUAACAUAAAAAAAUCCUAACCUAUCAAAAACAAAAAAAAACCCAGGAACAUUAUGUUUGUGGCAAGGUGGGGUGUGAAUCUACCCUGCACUAGCCUACCAUGAACUAAAUGUCCGUGU